UGGCGCGGAAACGUCAAAGAUGUGCAUGUAACUGUUGCCAUGUGACUUGUAGCAGAAAAGUAGGCAUUCGAAAUUGGUUGUUAUAGGAUAUAUUUACUUAUAUAAAAAAGAAAAAAAUGCCGGACAUUGAUAUAAAUGGUAUCACCGUUGCUUUCCCUUUUGAACCAUAUGACGUGCAAAAAAGAUACAUGGAGAAAGUCAUCGAAUGUUUACAAAAUGCAAAACAUGGAGUGCUGGAGUCACCGACAGGAACUGGAAAAACGUUAUGCCUUUUGUGCUCCUCGCUAAGUUGGCUCUUAGUCAAGAAGGCGCAGCUUCAAUCUCAGGCUCUACAGGGACCAAUUGAGAAGCCAGCCUUUGGAGGCGAUUUUUUUGAAGGCUUGACAAAAACCCUGGAGAAAGCAGCUGGGAAGUUGGAUCAGCCGACAAACUUCAGCUGGGGCAUGCCAAAAAUAAUUUAUGCCUCGAGAACGCAUUCACAGUUAUCGCAAGCUAUGCAAGAGCUCAAAAGAACUUCUUACAAACAUGUUAAAGUUGCCGUAUUAGGCUCAAGGGAUCAGCUUUGCAUUCAUCCCGAAGUUUCCAAAGAAACUAACACUGCAACGAAAAUUCACAUGUGUCAGUCAAAAGUCAAGUCUCGCACUUGUCAUUAUUACAAUAACGUCGAUGCUAGAAAAUUGGAUCCUAUUUUCGGCCAAGAAAUUCUUGAUAUCGAAGAUCUGGUAAAAACUGGACAGAAGAUGAGAUGUUGCCCAUAUUUUUUAUCCAAAGAACUAAAGCAGUCGGCAGAUAUCACUUUUAUGCCCUAUAAUUACAUCCUCGAUCCAAAAACAAGAAAAGCGCAAGGUCUCGAGUUACAGAACAAUAUUCUUCUCUUGGAUGAAGCUCACAAUGUUGAAAAGACUUGCGAAGAAUCUGCUUCCCUGCAAAUUAGCAGUACAGAUAUAGCCAUUUGUAUAGAUGAGAUCACCACAGUGAUGAAAGAUGUGGCGGAUGAGGCAUCUUCAGGUGAACCUGCUUUCGAUACUGUCAGUGGAUCUCAGAAAGACUUUACUCCAGAAGAUCUCUGCAUUCUAAAAGCAAUGUUUUUAGAGUUUGAAAAGGCGAUUGAUGGUAUAGAAAUUAAAAAGAAAGACGAAGGUGAAACUUUUCCUGGGGGAUACAUUUUUGAGCUCCUAGAGAAAGCUGAGUUGACCCAGGGCAAAGAGACUUUGGUAAUUGAUAAACUGGAUAAAAUUGUACUUUAUUUGUCAACGACCAGCACCUCUCCGUUCUCAAGAAAGGGAAAUGGCUUACAAAAAUUCAAUGACUUACUGCGAGUGGUUUUCAGUGGUGGCCAGGCAUCAUUGCACCACAGAGAUCAAGUUAAACGAUGUUAUAAAGUACAUGUUAUGCCGGAGGAAGUGAAGAAAGGUCGAAAAAACGACGGUUGGGAUGCCUUAAAAACAACCUCAAAAACUGAGGGGAAAAUCAUUAGCUACUGGUGUUUUAGUCCUGGUUUUGGGAUGCAACAAAUAGUAGAACAAGGAAUACGUUCUAUCGUCUUAACGAGUGGCACUCUGUCCCCAUUAAAACCGCUCAUCUCCGAACUGUCCAUACCCAUUGACGUGCAGCUUGAAAAUCCCCAUAUAGUCACUGGCCGUCAAGUAUGCGUCGGCGUAUUGAGCAACGGCCCUGACGGACAUCCUUUGAAUUCGUCAUUCAAUACACGAAAUGAUCCAAAAUACAUUGCAUCUCUUGGACGUACCAUCUACAACUUCAGCUGCUUAAUACCCCAUGGUAUGCUGGUCUUCUUUCCAUCGUACCCAAUUUUAAAGAAGUGCCAAGAAGAAUGGCAAAAUUCUGGGAUAUGGACAAAGAUAUCUGAACGAAAGCCAAUUUACGUUGAAGGUCAAUUGAAACAUGUCUUUAUAAAUACUAUGAACGAGUAUUAUGAAAAAAUUCAAGACCCAUCAUGCAAAGGUGCCAUUUUCAUGGCUGUAUGCAGAGGCAAAGUCAGUGAAGGCUUAGACUUUGCAGAUAUGAAUGGUCGUGCUGUUUUAGUAACUGGCCUCCCGUUUCCGCCAUUGAAAGAUCCACGAGUUAUCCUGAAGCAAAAAUACUUAGAAGAGAGUAGAAGCAGAGAUAAAGAGUCACUAACGGGACAACAAUGGUACCAGCUCGAAGCAUCUCGAGCAGUAAAUCAAGCCAUUGGCCGGGUCAUAAGACAUAAAAAUGAUUACGGUGCGAUAAUCCUCUGUGACUGUCGGUUUGAAAACCCUGGGUUUAGAAAACAAUUGUCAGCUUGGUUGCAACCUCACAUCAAAAAGUUCACCAAUUUUGGAAUGAUCACAAAAGACUUGAGAGAAUUCUUCAGAGCAGCAGAGCGUGAUUUACCGCAGCCAAAUAUAAAAGGUGGGGCUAGUAUUACAAGUAGCCCAGACUUUUUUCUACGAACUAGUAGUGGUGCGUUUGGGGAAAAUCACUCUCGAAAUGUAAAAACUGGUAUAAAACAAGAAACAAGUGUUCCAUCUGUGGUUAUUGACGAUUUUAGUAUCAAUAAAUACACAGAAACAAAACCAAUACAGCGGCCGAUCACUGAAGGAAACGAAAAAGAUAUUUUUAAAUUGCUAGACACAAAAUCAAAGCCUGUAAUAGAUUUCAGCAAUUGCAAAUUAAAAACGGAUUGGACUGGAUGUGAGCUGACAAAGAAUGUUGAACAGCCAGUUGCAAAAAAGAGAAAAAUUCACGUUGCAGGGGUAAAGUUUGAUGCAUUCUCAGAGCCUUCAACAUCUGUUGAAUCACCUUCAGCAAACAUUGAGGCGCAGACGCAUACAAAAAAUGUUAUUGCAACAAAAAAGGCAGUACCCAGUGAAAAAACAGAAAUUGGGAUAGCUUAUUUAAAAGAAGUCAAACGAUCCCUGACGAAAGAGAACUAUCAGAUAUUUUCAGUAAUGAUUCGUAGCUACACGAAAAAUGCUGAUUACGACCAGCUCUUGAAAACGUUAGAACUUCUUUUCCCAAAGACGAAUAAUCUACGGCACUUAUUUAAAGGUUUCAGGAGUUUUUUGAAGAAAGAACACACUAAUGACUUCGAUAGUCAUAUGAGGCUUCUAGAGAGGCUAGAAUUAUAAACAAAAUUAAUCCUUGAUUCUGAAUGAAUAUCUAUUUAUAUGUGAUUUGUAAGUAAUUUCGAUGUAAUUUAUGUAUCAAGUAUUACGUGCAAUCAUGCAAACUAACUCAAUAAAUUCACCAUUUAUUUUUACAAAUCUGGCUGUCAUCAAUUAAUGAAUCCUCAAUUGUUGUUUAUGAAUAUUUAUUGUGUUUAUUCAUUCGUGGGUACAAAAAUUGCGAGUUACUUUGUAAUUCAUGACUAUUCAAAUAGCGUUACUUUCGAGUGUUUGUUCCACAACUGUUCCUGCCCAUAAUACGAUUUAAUCAUAUGUUCUAAUUUUAUGCUUUCAGUUAUGAACAUACACUUCAUUCCGCAAAUAUUGUAUAAGACUCUAUCAUCUGUCGACUAGCACUUAUUAUGCAAUUCACAAUUUAGCCUAUG